UUCUUUUUUGAACGAAGAUGAUUAGAAGCGCCACCAUGAUCAACCGCGUCGCCUGGCGGUCCAUGAUGUCCCUGCAGAAAGCUGCAGUUCGCACAGCUGCAUCGUCCUCUCAGCAGGGGUCACAGCGGCACAAACCACCUUCCCAGCAGCCACCUGGACCAGCAUCCCAGCAGCCAACGCGGCAGGCGUCCCAACAGCCUAUGCGGCAGCCAUCCCAGCAGGCUUUGGAGUUCUCCCCUCUUCCAUGGGUCGACUUUACCUCCCCAGAUCUGGCACAAACAGCCGCAAACCCACGAAAAAUCACCUUUCUGUGCAACUCGUUCAACGGGCUGUCCCAGCGGCUGUAUCUGGAGCUGCUGUCACGUGGUCAUCACGUGACAGUGCACGAGGACCCGCGUGGCGAGGAGAUGACGCGGGCGGUGGAGGCAGACCAACCGGACCUGGUGCUGUGCCCAUUCCAGACCCGCCGGGUCCCGGCCGAGCUCUACAACAACCCCGCCCGACCCGCCCUCAUCGUACAUCCGGGCAUCCCGGGGGACAGGGGACCCUCCUCCAUCGACUGGGCGCUGAAGGAGGGCACCACCGAGUGGGGAGUAACAGUACUGCAAGCUGACGAUGAAAUGGACUCAGGCGACAUCUGGGCCACCUGCAAAUUCCCCGUGAACCGCCAGGCGACCAAGUCCAGCCUGUACAGCAAGGAGGUGACACAAGCAGCGGUUGUUUCCGUGCUGAAGGCGAUAGAAGCUUGGGAACAAAGCGUACCGCCAACACCACUGGACUAUAGGCACCCGGAGGUAUGUUAAGUACAGGUUUGAUUGAGUAAGCCAAACCUAUUUUGUUUUACCCUGGGCAUCUUCGUCAUUCCUUGUUUUAUAAAGGUG